AUGGAUACUGUUAGUUUAAAUGAGAAACAUUGCUCUGUUGGUUCUGUUAAUUUCAAUAACAGUCAUGUUGACGAUAUUACUAGAAAUUUAAUAUCACCCAGUGAUGACCCGGCAUACUGGUGUGUUGAUGACGCAACAAGAAGUUAUAUAUCAGUCAAUGGAAUAUCUCAAAAUAUUGAAACUAUUAACUUCAUAAAAUCAAAAAGAACAAGUAAAAAUGUCAUCCGUGGAGUUCUUAAAGUACAUUACCGAUAUUGUUCAUUAAAAUUAUUUUAUAUGGUCCUUAUUAAUGGUGAAAAAGUUAAGAGAAAUUACUUGGUGUACUCUGAAAGUACUGGGUCAGUAUUCUGUGCUCCAUGUAAAUUAUUUGGUUCGACAUCUGUGUUUUCAACUGUAGGAUUUUCUGAUUGGAAGCAUGCAGAGAAAAGAAUUACUUCACAUGAAAAUUCUCAAACUCACAAAACUAAUGUCUUAACUAUGAAAGAUAGAGGAAAAGUAGCUCAAAGAAUAGAUAGUGCUUUAAUAUUACAAAUAGAAGGAGAAAAUAACUACUGGAAAAAUGUGUUAAGGAGAGUUGUUGCUGUCGUUAAGACACUUUCCUCUAGAGGAUUAGCAUUUAGAGACAAAACUGAUAAAUUUGGUUGUAAUCAAAAUGGUAAUUUUUUAAUGUCCUUGGAGCUAAUUGCGUUAUUUGACCCAUUUCUAGCUACACAUAUAGAAAAAUUUGCCAACAAAGGAAAAGGCUUUACAUCAUAUUUAUCAUUUAAUAUAUUUGAACAAUUCAUAACUGUAAUGGCUGAUCCAGACAUAUCGCAUGUUGAUCAAUUAUCGUUUGUGGUGCGGUAUGUUAAAAAUGAUGGUACACCUAUUGAACGGUUUAUGUGUUUUUUGCCUAAUAGUGGACAUAAAUCAGAAGAACUUAUUGAUGAAGUCUUAACUAUGUUAUCUCUUUUUGAUCUUGAUCCAAUAUUUUUACGUGCACAAUCUUAUGAUAAUGCAAGUAAUAUGGCUGGUGCAUAUAGUGGCUUACAAGCCAGAAUUAAAGAAAUAAAUCCAUUGGCCAAUUUCGUUCCCUGUGCUGCUCAUUCCUUGAAUUUAGUUGGAAUGUGUGCAGCCAGUGCCUGUCGUGAAGCUUGCGAUUUUUUUGACAUUGUUCAAAAUAUUUAUAACUUUUUUACAGCUUCCACACAUAGAUGGUCUGAAUUAGAAGGAACCUUACAUGAAAUUACUCCAGAAAAAGUAAGAGAAGAUGCUGAAGUAUUGCAGAAAACUUACCCAAAUGAUAUAGCAACAUGUUUUGUAAAUGAGUGUGUAAAAUUUCAAGGUCAUAUAAAAAACAUUGAAGUUAAGCUUUCAACAAUACAGAUGUUACAGUUUAUAAGAAAACAUGAUAUUACUAGUGUUUAUCCGUAUGUUGAAGUUGCUUUACGUAUUUUGUUGUGUACACUAUCUACAAACUGUAGUGCAGAGCGUUCCUUUUCUACACUCAAAAGAAUAAAAAACUAUUUACGGUCUACAAUGGCACAAGACCGAUGCUCAGCUUUAGCAGUAUUAGCAAUUGAAACUGAAAUAACAAAUUCAUUAGAUUUUGAAAAAAUAAUUAAUGAUUUUGCUACUUCUGAAGCAAGAAAGAAAAAGUUUUGA